CAUAACACGUGCAUUGUUCACGAGAGGAUCUACUCCAGGGAAUAUAAUUGUAUUUGUUGUUUGGCAACACCUUUGAAACAUUACUUCAUAUAAAAUCAAUGGAUUUUCUGCGACCGCCUUACAGAUGCCACAGAGGUCAACUUAUUUCGUGGGCAAUAUUCUUCAUAAUUCUGUUUGCUCUCGAGGCACUGUUUUUGAUCUCUCAACUAUCAACCGAAUCGUUGAAAAGUGAAGACGUUUCGAAGCAUGAAGAAUUAAGUACAGACAAAAGACCCUACGACAGAAGAAGCCACGCACUUCAUACCCAGACCAGGACCCAUCAGCUGGAGGACUUACUUAAGGGUAUUCUUAGAAAACAUCUGCGUCCCCCAGAUUCCGCGUAUAAUUUCAAUGUUAGUAUAAGUGAUGCUAUUCCUUUAAGCAGACACAUAGCAGAUACAAGACCCAAAGGGUGUGACGCCCUUAUCUACAAAGUUCCAAUAGGGGUGUCGGUAUCCGUUAUUGUAAUAUUUUACAAUGAAGCUUUCACAACACUGAUGCGGACAGCCCACAGCGUUUUAGAACGUUCUCCGAAAUCUAUGUUAAAAGAAUUGAUUCUUGUGGACGAUUUCAGCUCUAAUAAAGAUUUGGGACAUGAUUUGGACAUGUACGUUAAGGCUUUAGAUCCAAGGGUACAUAUAUUGAGAAAUCCUGAAAGACAGGGAUUGGUUCGCUCAAGACUUUAUGGAGCUAACAUGGCUACUGGAGAUGUUCUAGUAUGGUUAGACGCUCAUACCGAAUGUAACGUCGGGUGGUUAGAACCCCUGGUUUACGAGCUAUUCAAGAACAAUGUCACUAUUGUACAGCCGCAUGUAGAUGUUAUUUCAUCAGAUACAAUCCAGUUUUUUGCGUAUCCAGGUGAUGUAUAUCGAGGUGGAUUUGGUUGGGAUUUGAGGUAUGCAUGGUACAAAUUACCAAAAUAUUUAAGCCAAGUAUUAACUUCUAAACUGGAUCCAUUCCCAACGCCAAUUUUGGUUGGUUGUGCAAUUGCUGCACGUAAGGACUAUUUCGUUGCUACUGGUCAGUUCGAUGAUGGAUUGAAUAUUUGGGGUGGUGAGCAUUUUGAUCUGUCCUUUCGGACUUGGCUGUGUGGUGGACGGAUUCUAACUGUACCAUGUUCUCGUGUUGGUCAUAUGUUUAAACAAUUUGCCUACGACUUCAAUGGGGAUCGUUCUUCUAUAAUUAGAAAGAAUUUAAUGAGGGUAGCUGAUAUUUGGUUAGACGAAUAUAAAUGGAUAUUCGAAUCCGUAUCUUUGACUUUCGGACAAGAACCCCGGGUGUCGGUUGAAGAGAUGCACUCACGUGUUAAACGUAAACAUCUUCGGAAGACACUGAACUGUAAACCUUUCCGUUGGUUUCUUCAGAAUGUGAUGCCAGAGAUAAGAAUUCCUUCAAAACUGGACGAUUUCUUUGGAGAGAUCACCAAUCAUAAAACUGCUCAAUGUUGGGGGCCACUCUUGGACGGCUACAUUGCCAUUACCAAUGAAUGUUACAUGCAUCGAAUUCUACCGGAAAACCAUUUUAGUCUGGACAAGAAAAGCCAACUUGUUCACGAAGGCCAAUGUGUUUAUAUGGACGAGUCUAAUUUAUUGCUUAGGAAAACGAAAUGCAUGUGCGUCCAUGAGCUUAAAGGGCGGGGGUGGAAGUUCAAUGUUAUAGGUAAAGUCGGGGGUCAACUUAUUUACAAAGACACACGUGGUAUUUUCUGGUGUGCGAAACACGUGACUAAUAUUACACCACUGCACUUUGGGAAACAGAUGGUGCAGAUGGGAAGGUGUAAUCAUCAAGAUCCUUACCAAAUAUGGACAUUUACUUAUAAAUUGACUGAAAUCAAACAUAAUAAUUAUAUGUAAUGUGUAAAUUAUAUUUGCAUUUGUAUAUUUGAUACACUAUAUAAAUGUAUAUAAAAUGAAUUGCAAUAAGUUUUACGGAUUUCAAUUUUAUAGAUAUUAGAGCGGUAUAUCCGUAAUAUUAUGAUAGUACUCUCCCGCCAUGCCUUACAAUACAUAAUUAAUCCACGGCCCGUGUUGCUUGUACAAAUGGUGUGUGGGGCGGGCGGGGUUAUAGGUUCUUCCCCGGGGUUUACGAGAGAGUUGCUCAGUGUUUUCCAGCGUAGUUUCCUCUUGUCAUUAGUGCAUGACGGAGGGCAUGACAAGGAACACCGCCAAGUCGUUCGGAUAGGACGAUCAACAGAUAGCUGCAUACUUUUCAAAGUGCAACCGGUAUUUACUUUGAAAUAUCUCAUUUGACAAAAACUCUUGUAAUUAGCAUGACCGAUGUUUUGCAUUAGAAAAACUAGAUAAACCGAUCCAAAUCCAAUU